AUGGCAAACAGCUCGUCAAACCCGCUGCCAACUCUUUUCCAAGACUUAUCACUAGGAGAGAGUGAGAUAACUUCUAGUCAGAGUGAUACUCCUGGGAGAAAAACUGAUUUCUCGUUUUCCUCACCACAAACCUACUUGCAUUCUUCGCGCUCACCUAAUGGCUCGUUCGAGUCCUCGAAACGAAGCACUAGCUCAAGUGGGAUAUUCCAAUUCGGCAGCACAUAUGGCAUUCCUCCAUCCUCUAGUGCGAUAGCUGGUGUUGAGUCAUUUUCGUUUCAGUCACUCUCGUUACCCCCACAGUCUCAAACAUCAACCCCGACUUCUCAACUACAGUCACCGUUCACACCAGUUACCAUCGCUCGACCUAAAUUAUCUGAAGCAUUGAGUCAAAGUAACAACACAACAACUUCUUCGUCGUUUCUUUCACCAUCGACCCCACACAGCAAGACUCGGCCUUCAUCCUCUGUUUCGCCAAGUUCAGACACGCCAAGCUCUAGUCAUGUAGCGUCGCCAAUUCCUGAGCCACCAGCUCCCAUGAUUCCCUACGAUGCUAGAACAGAGGUAGCACCUGCUCAUGCUCUUUUCACGGAUACUUUCCAAAAUGCACUACUUCAAGGCUCUAAAACAGCUCAGAAGGUCGUGAGGGCUAUUGAGAAAAUGCAAGCCGGCGCCUCAAGAGAGUCGAACUCGGAGGUUGGAAACUUCCUCAAUGAUUCAAAGAGUCUACGACACUUUCAGGGCACUGACACACGCACAAUUGCUGUUCUUGGGGACUCGGGUGAAGGAAAAAGCAGUCUUAUCAAUUCAUUACUUCACUUCCCAGGAGUUGCUCAAACGGGCGAUAUUGGGUCCGCAUGUACCUCCGUCGUGACCGAAUAUCGACAGAAGAAGGCAGAGCACACUGAACCAAUCACUAUUGACGUCGAGUAUCUCUCGACACCAGAGAUCCGAGAACUCAUCAAGGAACUUCUUUGGAGCUACAGGCAAUUGUUCCUUCCAGGCGUUGAGUCCGAUAAAACUUCGGAGCAGGAUUACAACAACUACAUGAGAGAAUCCGAACAAGCAUGGUCUGCACUGCAUGCUGCGUUCAAACACAAACGACAGUUCACCCAAAGAAUGGCGCAAGAUAUGUCUGAAGGUGCUCUGGAAAGGAUCACUGAUCAGCUGAUCAAGUGGACAGAGGAGAUUGAGUGGCCUGCAGGCGGCGUUGAUGGGUUUUGGACAUCCACUGCACAAACGGCUGAUGAAUGUGUAGAGCAGACAAAGUUCUUCAUGCAAGACAAGUUCUGGCCGUUCACCAAGAUUAUCCGUGUGUACCUUGACUCCCAAGUCCUUAAGACAGGAGUUGUCCUUUCGGACUUACCAGGUCUCCAAGACACAAACCUGGCAAGGGUUAGAGCGACACAGGAUUAUCUCAUCAAAUGUGACACAAUCUUAAUUGUGGCCAAGAUAUCCCGUGCCAUCACAGACCAAUCGCUCAAGUCUUCGCUAUUUUAUGUUCUCUCUCGCCAUAUGCCCAUGGAAUGGGAACAUUCCGGCACACAAAAGCUCAAUGUUUCUGUUGUGUGCACCAAGUCAGAUGAAAUUGAUCUUCACACAGCAAGGCUCGAGUUCUGUGGCCCAAACAACAGUAUUCCUACCGAAAUCAUGACUCAGCUAGACAGUGAGAUAACCAACGCAAAGCAGUCUAACGACAGAGCAAGAAAGAAGGUUGCCAAGAAGCAACAAGAGCUUCUCCUUGUCCAAGCGCGGAACAGACAUGUCCAGACAAAUCUACGAAAUGUCUACUCAUCAGAGAUGAACGGUGGAAACCUUGAAGUUUUCUGUGUGUCUAACAAGUGGUAUGAGAAGUAUUGCCCAAAAGGAAACGCCAGGUUUGUAGAAGCCAGCGGGAUCCCAGACCUUCGUCGUUUCUGUCACACUGUGACUGCAGAUGCUCAAUUCAAUGAAGCGAACCACUUCCUUAAGUCCAGGCUAUCUAGUCUGCUCAAUACGAUUGACUUGUGGGCCAGUAGCUGGAUUCAAAAGCAGGAUGAUGUUGAAGAGUUGGACGACUCUGUACAUACAAACGUCACCCAGCUCAUAGAUCAGGUACCUAGUAUCGUAAAGACAUUCCAAAAGGACUUUAAAACCUGCUUCCAAGAACAGAUAAUGACCUUUUUCGGUAUAUGCCAAGUCUAUGAUGGAUCUGUGGAGAAUUACACUGUACUAAUACAAUUGCAUCACAGGUCAGAGAGACCAGCACUGGGAUCAGGCUGCAAGUCGACAAGGCUCGGAAUGGACAACUCUCAAUACAACGCAUGGUGUCUAAGAAAUGGUGACCAUCAGACCCCGAAACGCGGACACGAGAAUUGGAACGCCAAAAUUAUCUGGAAAAUGCGUAUGGAACUUGAAGGUCAAUGGGACCUCGUCGAAGAAGAAGUGCCAGAAGCUUUCGCAGCCAUUUCUAAUCGUGUCAAUGACCUUUUGAACUCGUUCAAGAUCAGUUUGCAUGAUUUACUCCCUCGACGGCUUUCGGACGUCAUUAUCCAAACUGUUGACUUGCAGAUUGGAAAUCUCGAGUACAAGAUGAGCAGAGAGGAAAGGAAGUUCCUGACGGAACUAAGAGCUAUACGCAGAUACGCUUCCGAGUCGAAUUACAACUCAUACAUACUGCAAGAUAUGGUCCCUGUGUAUCGAUCUGCCGCUAGUCAAUCCGUUCAAGGGCACAUUGAACAAGGAGUCAUCUUUCCGAAAAUGGGCAUCACCAUGGCCGAAAGUAUGGAAUCGCUGAUCAAAACAACAUCAACAAAACUCAAGGUGAUACUCAAAGGUGUUAUGGCUACAGUCAAGACGGAUGUAGACAUCGCAUUGAGAUCCCACUCCAGGUCAAGAGUAACUCUUGACAAGGUGAGACAAGAGAGAAUGAGAGAAUUUGCAGACGAGAUUAAGUGUUUGACGGAGGGACAUAAACUACUGCUACAGAGUGUUGAGGCAAUUUGA